AUGUCAGCAGCUUCGACAGAUUCUGGGCAGGGGUCCACCAAAAUAACUCCUGAAGUGCUGCAAGAGAUGCUCCAGUACUACAACCUGAGCCGGCACGAGUUCAUCAACACUUAUAACAUCCAGCCACUCGUCUACAUCCCCGAGUUACCGUACAGCGCUAAGACUACCUUCGUGAUCAUGUACGUGGUUAUUUUCGCUCUGGCUCUGGCUGGAAAUAGUUUGGUGAUCUACAUAGUUGUGAAAAAACGGGCGACACAGACUGCGACAGAUAUUUUUAUUUGCUCUCUUGCGGUCAGCGACCUGCUCAUCACUUUCUUCUGCAUCCCUUUCACUCUGCUGCAGAACAUCUCGUCUGAAUGGUUCGGAGGCGUUCUGGUUUGCAAGACAGUUCCUUUUGUACAGACCACAGCCAUAGUGACAGGCAUCCUCACGAUGACCUGCAUUGCCAUUGAGAGAUACCAGGGCAUUGUCUUCCCACUGAAAAUGAGGAGACAGUAUUCAUCGAAAAGAGCAUACAGGAUGCUAGGACUUGUAUGGAUUGCCUCUGUGAUAGUGGGCUCACCAAUGCUGUUUGUGCAGCAGCUAGAGGUGAAGUACGACUUCUUAUAUGAUCACUAUCACGUAUGUUGUCAGGAGAGUUGGCGCUCUCUGAAUCACAGACAGGCAUACACAACCUUCAUUAUGGUGGCUCUUUUCCUGCUCCCUUUGGCAGCCAUGCUGUUCCUUUACACUCGUAUCGGAAUUGAGUUGUGGAUCCGCAAGAGAGUGGGCGACUCCUCAGUCCUCAACACCAUGAACCACAGGGAGAUCAGUAAGAUCUCAAGGAAAAAGAAGAGAGCUGUUAAAAUGAUGAUCACCAUUGUCCUGCUGUUCACUGUUUGCUGGGCACCAUUUCACACGGUCCACAUGCUGUUUGAAUACUAUGACCUGGAGAAGAAAUACGACGGGGUGACACUCACCAUGCUCAUCGCCAUUGUUCAGGCCAUUGGGUUCUUCAACAGCUUCAACAAUCCUAUCGUGUAUGCCUUCAUGAAUGAGAACUUCAAAAAGAGCUGCGUCUCCACCCUGUCCCACUGCAUCAGAAAACCCAACCAGCAGGGCGGUGCCGUCGCAGUGCCCAGACUGAGUGUACAGUUCAUUAAACCUCAAAGCAGAGAAGCCUUCCUGGAGUUGGAUGAAGGCAACAGCUCGAAGCAGAACUCAGCGGAAAAAGGUCCAUCAACUUCAUCACAUGGAGAGAGCUCCCUGGAAAUAAUAGGGGAAAAAAUCUCCACGAUCCAAACAGAGCUCCCUGCAAACAGCUCCUCUCAAGUCAAAUGA